UAGGACGUACGUAUCGUUGACAGUUUUCAGUUUCAGUGUUUUGAUGUAUAUUUGAUUCAAGUAAAACAGUUUAAAAAAAGUGAAAUAAUGACAAACGAAGAAGACAGAAAGCCCCAAUUUUACACAUGUAGCUGCUUCACUACGGAUAACAUUUUCCUGGAGGAAUACAAACUCCACGUUCGCUUCGUGUCCGAGCAGCAGUUCAGAGGAGACUACCAGGCUGUGUUGAGCAGGCUCGGCUGUGUCACGGAGCAGCAGUUUGAUGAUGUUCUCCAUCAGAUUUCCCAGGAGGUGGACAGACGGAGACGUCUAGGUGUGACAUCGGCUGAGAGAGCUGCUGUCAUAGAGCACAGCUACCGGCCCCUCCAUCCUCACAUCUACCGUCUGCAGGAGUCCUACCUCACUCCAAGGUUCAGGCAGAUUGUUGAGUACUGUCGGAGGAGCGAUGCCACAGAAGAAGGAGUCUCAGAACUGUUGGAGGAAGAGGCAGCCCUGAGGGUUUAUCGCCUCCCCGUGUUUGAGAAAAGCUUCUGUGACGAACUGGUGGAGGAACUGGAGCACUUUGAGCAGUCGCCAGCCCCUAAAGGACGACCCAACACCAUGAACAACUACGGAAUUCUCCUGAAUGAGCUGGGCUUUGACGAGGGCUUCAUCACGCCUCUGCGUGAGCAGUACCUGCAGGUUCUCACCUCCCGGCUGUACCCGGACUGUGGGGGGGGCGUCCUGGACAGUCACAAAGCCUUUGUGGUCAAAUACGACAUGAACGAAGAUCUGGACCUGAGCUACCACUAUGACAACGCCGAGGUGACUCUUAAUGUGUCCCUGGGCAAGGAUUUCACCGGGGGCAACCUUUAUUUUGGGGAUAUGAGACAGGUGCCGGUGAAUGAGACGGAGUGCACGGAGGUGGAGCACAGAGUGACCGAGGGCCUCUUCCACCGCGGCCAGCACAUGCACGGAGCCCUGCCCAUCUCCGGCGGCCAGCGCUGGAACCUCAUCGUCUGGAUGAGAGCCUCGCAGGAGCGCAACCGGCGCUGCCCCAUGUGCAACAGGAAGCCGUCGCUGGUGGAGGGAGACGGCUUCGCUGACGGCUUCACUAGACAGCCGGAGGCGCCGCUGAACGCAUCAUGCGUGGUGUCAUGAUGGUAUCCUUGAACUGCAUUCUUCUACUAUUCCACAUUGGAAUGAUUAUUACUUUUUAUUGGUUCAUUAAUUAUUAGUCAGGCGGUCAGUUAAUGAAGUCAUCUUUAUGAGACUACACACUCAAGUAAAAUACAUUUUAACCAGGUGAUAAUGGAGCUACAGCCCACCCUCUGUUUAUUGCCCGCCCUCUUACUGCGUUGAGGCAGACGGUUGUUUUGUGGUGUUCUCUAGCAUCGAUCCUGUGAUUGAUUAAUGGAUAAACGGCUGUCAAUCUAAAAGUGUGUGGAGGGAAAUGCUCUUGUCGUACUUCAUAAAUCACAUCUUCUCAUUGUGUAUGAACCAGCCGACGUGUUCGGUGGUGUUUGGAAUGUGUGGGAGGAUGAAUAAAACUUUAAAAC